AUGGCGUACGACUGGUACAUUGCCAUCUGCCAACCACUGCACUACAAGUCAAUGAUGAAUGGGAGAGCUUGUGUCCAAAUGACAGCCAGUAUCUGGAUCAGUUGUAUUCUUAAUUCUGCACUGCACACUGGGAACAUGUUUGCAAUAAUCUUCUGUGGAGUCAAUGAGAUGGAUCAAUUCUUCUGUGAAACGCUCCAGCUCCUCAAACUUGCUUUCUAUGAAUCCUAUCUCAGUGAAACUGGGUCUAUUGCCUUUAGCGUGUACUUUGCCUUAAACUGCUUUGUUUUUAUAAUUGUGUCAUAUGUUCUGAUCUUCAAAACAGUGCUGAGAAUCCCCUUUGAGCAGGGCCAGUAUAAAGCCUUCUCCACUUGCAGCCUUCGCUUCAUUGUGGUCUUCGUAUUUGUUUGCACUGCUAGUUUUACCUAUAUUAAACCUACCUCCAGAUCAAUCUCAAGUCUGGAUCUCAUGGUGUCUAUUUUGUAUUUCAUGGUGCAAUCCAUGAUGAAUAUGAUCAUUUAUAGCAUGAGGGACAAUGAUAUCAAAGCUGCUCUGUGGAAAAUAAUUGGGUCAAGGCUAUUCUCCAGAAAAUAA